GGUGUCCUAGUCUGAUGCUGCUACAUGUACUUAUCGCACCGCACCCGGCAAAUCCGGGAUCAACUUGAUCCGAAAACGUCACACUGUUGAUCAUUACUAUUAUUACACCGAUGACAUGGACUCAUGUGGGGUCAAUUCGUAGUCCAGCACUGAGCACCUUGCGCUUGAGCCAUACAUCUACCAGGUCAUACACUAUCCCUCUGACCAUGCGAGCAAUUCUCAUCAAAGAUGGCAAAGGUCCAGCAGACAACCUCUACAUAGGCGAAGAGGCCACUCCCAAACCGAAGCAAGGCGAAGUGCAGGUCAAGAACUUUGGCCUCAACCGGAUGGAUCUCUUGCAACGCGAAGGCAACUAUCCCCUCCCACCUCAAGCAUCCAAAACCAUCCUCGGUGUCGAAUUCGCCGGGACAGUAUCCGAGUUGGGAGACGGAGCCAAGGCGUUCAACGUUGGGGAUGAAGUCUUUGGUCUAGCCUACGGAGGCGCCUACGCGGAAUAUAUUGCCAAUCCUGAACAAAUGACCUUGCCUAAACCUUCCAAUCUCAGCUGGGAAGAAGUCGGAGGAAUGCUCGAGACUUGGUUGACAGGGUACCAAGCAUUGUUCCUUGAAGGGGGGAUGAAAAAGGGAGCUAAUGUGCUCAUUCAUGCUGGAGCAUCGGGCGUCGGUAUCGCAGCUAUUCAACUAGCACUGCACGUCGGUCACGCCAACAAGGUAUUUACGACCUGUGGAUCGGACGAAAAGGUCAAGUUCCUCAAACAGCUGGGACAUGACGACAGGCUACAUGUGAUCAACUACAAAACACAGAAAUUUGCAGAGGAGAUCAAGACCGUGGCGGAUGGAGUCGACUUGAUCGUCGAUUUCGUCGGGAAAGACUACUUUGAAGACAAUAUUGCCAGUCUGAACCGAGAUGGUACGAUGAUCUACUUGGCUUUCCUGUCCGGAGCAAAGGUUGAGAACGCAAACCUGGCCAAUAUCCUUUACAAACGCCUCACGAUCAAAGGCUCUACGCUCCGAAGCCGUGAUCCAGCGUAUCAAGGUCGUCUCCUGAAAGAAUUCAAAGAGAAUGCCCUGGGUCUCAUCACCGAUGGAAAGAUGAACGUCUUGAUACACGAGGUCUACCCCUGGGAUAAGGUCGCUGAUGCCCACAGAGAGAUGCAGGCGAACAAGAACAGCGGCAAGAUUGUAUUCAAAGUCACAUAGCAUGUAUAGACACGCCACGAGGUCAGGUUACGUCAACCGAGUGCACGAGCCUGCUUUUUGUGCGCGAGGUCUGUUCUCCACUCACAGCUCACAUUUGUUUCUCUCGUUCUCAC